UCUCGGCCCAAAACAUCCCUUUCGGACCCUGUCAUCCGCAUAUCAAGAUGCAGAUCUUUGUGCGCUCUGAGGUCACCCAUGUGGUGGAAAAUGCUGAACAACAAACAGUUGGAGAUGUCCGUGCCUUCAUCUGCCAAGCUGAAGGUCUCCCUGAGACUGAGGUGAGGCUGUAUGCUGCUGGAUCACCCCUUGACAAUGACAGCUUCCCCCUGGUCAACCUGAACACUGAUGCCAUUGAUGUCAAUGUUGCCCUUAAGGGAGGUAAGGUUCACGGAUCCCUGUCCCGUGCCGGUAAGGUCAAGGGCCAGACCCCCAAGGUCGAGAAGAAGGAAAAGAGGAAGUCAAAGACCGGCCGUGCCAAGCGUAGGAUCCAGUACAACCGCCGUUUCGUCAAUGUUGUGGCAUCCUUCGGCAAGAAGCGAGGACCUAACAGCAACUCAUAAGUUGAUUUGUACCCUCUAAAAGAAAUGAAAAAAAAUACAACUUGAGACAGCA